AUGGCCUUGGGUGAUGAAUCGGAGGUGUUUGAGUCGGAGAACUGUCACGGCGAUGAAACAGAGCGUAACAUGAAGGUGUUGUUCGGAGGUUUCAAGCGUCUGUGUGCUGAUAAGGUUCAACAUGAAGAGAAGCUUGAAUCUAUGGAUAGCGUGUUACGACAGGUGGUUGCAACGUUGGAGAGGAUGGAGAUCCGCGAAGGUAAACGGGUGGAGCAAGGUGAGCACUCUUGUCAGUCACCACGUCACUCGUUUUCUUCCUCUAUGCCUCAACGCGGUGCUGGUGAGUCUCCGAUCUUGUUGGAUAAUAGAUCUAGCUUGAUCAGACGCAUAGAGAUGCCUGUAUUUGAUGGAUCGGGAGUGUAUGAAUGGUUCUCGAAGGUAGAACGUUUUUUUCGUGUAGGGAGGUAUCAGGAUUCAGAUAAGUUGGAUUUGGUAGCGUUGAGUUUAGAAGGAGUUGCGUUGAAAUGGUUUCUUCGGGAGAUGUCGACAUUGGAGUUUAGAGAUUGGAAUUCCUUUGAGCAAAGGUUGUUGGCUCGAUUUGAUCCAGUUAAAAUUCAUUCUUCCCCUGAGGUUCUUAUGCCGACGACAUUGAUUCAUGUGGUUGCUCAUGAAACUGAAUCAAGAUGUACAGAAGAAUUGAUUGAGGAAGAUGAAUCAAGUGUGAGAAAGAAAUCAAAUCCGGAGAUUGUUUUGAUUACCCAAAAGAAAUCGUUUCCACGGUUUCAGAAUGUUGCCACUAUAGUAGUUGGCGAAUUCCAGGAGGGAACAUGGUUCUUUGACGACAAAUCAAAGGACAAUGAAGCCAACAAUUCAUCUGAUAGUAAGCUGAAGUUUGGUGCCUACAAGGUGCUCGACAAAAUUCUCAUUCGAAGUCACAACCUAAAACAGAGGAGGAAGUUGAGUUUGUCUCCUAAAAAUUGGAUGUUUAAGUUCAAAAACAGGAAUUUACAGCAAAAUAGGUCAAAAAUGGAUCCAUGUCAAGCCAUUGAAUUCAGCAAUAUCCAUUACAUGUAUCUUUGUUUUAGUGCUAACGUUGGAUUGGUGAGGAAGAACAAAUCAUUUCAGAGCCUGAGACUAAAGAAGCAAGCACACAUGUCACGGGAUCUUAAGAAGUUAGAAUCUAUAUCUUCCGAGGAGUUACAGCCUGCAUUACCAAUUGUUGAAACACUUGGUGAUGAAGAUAUGGUAGCGUUGCAAUCUGAUCUUCGGAGGUUAGGGGAAGCUAAUUUUGCUACGAUAGAUUCUGCACAGUUGCUAAGAUUGGAUGAUGCCACUUUGAUGAAUUCAGCACUGAAGAGGAAGUGUAGCAAGUCUUGGCACUUUAUAUAUAAACAUUACAAAGUGAGAAUGCAGAAUCUCCAUACCGGGAUCUACAAAACUCAAAGGCCAUGGCAUUGUCUUGUCCAUGAGGCAAACAACACUGAUUCUCAUUUGUGGCAUCGUUGGAAAACCAAAGUUGAGACAUUGCAGGAAAUUUCAGAAUUUCUAAGUUGGGGUUUGGUGCAUUCUCAUUCCAGCGAAGUGAUCAGCUUCUUGGGAUUUUCUCAUGGACCUUUAGUGACAGUUAAUGGCGCCAGUAGUGAUAAAGUUAUUGAUGCAGCAGCAACAUCGAUAUUUUCAGAGGCAAUUGGAUUACAACAAUAUGAGAAAGUGAUGAUCUUGUGUAUGAGGCUGUUUACUUGCAUGACUCUAACGGGUAUGAUGAUUGUGCUAUUCUCCAGCGGGUGUGCUAUAUGUGUUUUUGAGAGUUGUCACAGGCUUACACACAAAUUAAAGAAGGACCAAUCGAUGAGUUUGCACAAUAUUAAGAAAAGGAAGUUUCUCAAAGCAUGGAAAUUCAAGUACAAACAGAAAGUAGACAAGAGAGACAUGGCUGCAUAUCAGAACUCAGAAGCAACACAAAUAAUUCAGAAGCUGGUAGUUUCUUUCUUUCUUUUACUAAGCUUGAGGACAAGCUUGUCUAAAUGGGGGGAGUAUUGAUACGAUUGAUGUAUCAAGAAGAAUGUGAAUGAGAGAAAGCAAAAGAAGACACGUGCAAGUGAGGAGGCACGUGAGAAGAAACUUGCUUGAAGAAGAAGAUAUUUUUAGGAUCUAAAAAUAUCAUGAACAAACUGAGUUCUAGUAUAAAUAAUGGCUCUGAAUGUUUAGAGAGGUUUAUGUUGUUUGUUGUUGAAUGGUAUGAGAGACUUAAGAGCAGAGCUAGUGAUGUGCUAGUCUCUCUCGUAUGGUGUAUUGAGAGCUGAGCUAGUGAUGUGCUAGUCUCUCUCUUGUAUGGUGU